CUAUGAUUUCUCGCUUUACUUCCGGGUUUUCUUAAUUCGUUAGUCAUGCUAAACUAGUGAAUUUCGCAUGAAGAUACAAAACACAUUCUGGAAAAUGAUUUUUUUUUUCAUAGCUGAGCUAGGGUUCAACUUGUAGCAUUUUAUGUCAUGAAGCUUUUAUUUUGAAACUUGAAACGCCCGGUCAAUUUCCGUCGAUGGAAGAUUUUAAAAGUGCGGCGGGAGACACAAGUCGUUUGUGUAGUUUGAUGUGAUUAAAUGUUUAAUUGCCGGUGACCACAUUCACCUUCUGCCUGAACAAAGAUCCACGACUUCCUGUGAUGCAAAACCUCGAGUCAGACGGAGGAGAAAGCGCGCCGCGUGCGUUGGUUUUCUUUGACUUGGAAACGACUGGACUGGGCCCAAACUGUGAAAUCAUCCAGCUGGCUGCAGUGAGUGGAGGUCACUCCCUGAACUUGUACGUGGUCCCACACGCUCGGAUAGAGCGCGGAGCGGCUAAAGUGACGGGAUUUAAGGUCUGUAGACACCGACUGUUCCUCCGUCACCAGCCCGUCUUCACCAACACCCUCAGGGAGAUCCUGGUCUCCUUCAUCGCCUUCUUUCAAAUGUUCAAGCAGCCGUUUCUGGUCUGCCACAAUAUUCGUCACUUUGACUGCCCCCUGCUGGUCAGAGCCCUCGACCGGCUGGAGCUGCGCGAGCAGUUUGGGUCGUCCGUCUCGGCCUGCGUGGACACUCUGCCGCUGGCUCGGGAGGUGCUGAGCGGACGCAACCUUCAGAGCUUUAGCCAGGAGAAGUUGGUCAGAGAGCUGCUGGGGGUGAACUACAAGGCCCAUGAUGCUUUGGAGGACGUGCGAGCGUUACAGAUGCUGUACACUGUCAUUCAGCCCACAGCAGAGCAGGUCAGGCGGCAUACGUUUACUCUGGACAGUGUGGAGAGGAAAACGGCUUUCAGUACGAAGGAUGCUUCUGGAAAAGUCUGAUGGUCAGAAAGAACAAAAUAUGAGCUUCACACAGUGGAGGAUCAGUCUUUAAACUGAACUCAACUUUACAGAAACUCAUUAAACAUAGGAGAUGCUAAAGUGCUUUAUGUUUUAGGAUUUGAACACAAAUUGUACAAAAGCUAAAUAAACACCUAUUUAACCCCUUCA